AAACCAAUAUCCUAUAUGAAUCGGAAAUCAGAUUUCAACGGCCGGUUCUUGAGUCAGACUAAACCCUCUGAGCCGCUUGAAGGGUUCUCUCUUGGACUCUGCCAAAAACCUAAGCUUCUCACACUCUCCGACUCUUUUUUAUCGAUCUUCUUCUCCAGCAGCUAUAAUCCGGCGACGUUUCACACCACCUGGACAAACCUCCUGUUGAUGUUUCGGACAAGUAUUGGUUCCAGUUUCAGAGCCUUAGCAUUGCCACCAAGAUCCUUCAACUAUCUCUCAAGUUCAUCAGUUCGAAUGGAGAAUCUAACCUUUUUUUCCGAAGCUGGUGCGAAGCCAAGAGGUGCAUUGAUAGUCGUAGAAGGACUUGACCGCAGCGGAAAAUCAACGCAAUGCGCUAAGUUACGCUCUUUCUUGGAGAGUUCAGGGCAUCCGACCGAGCUCUGGAGGUUUCCCGACAGAGAGACAAGCGUCGGUCAGAUGAUAUCCGCGUAUCUAUCUAAUAAGUCGCAGUUAGAUGAUCGCACCAUUCAUCUCCUUUUCAGCGCCAACCGUUGGGAGAAGAGGUCGUUGAUGGAGGAGAAGCUUAAGGGAGGAACUACGCUUAUCGUUGAUCGGUAUUCGUAUUCUGGUGUGGCUUUCUCAUCAGCUAAAGGUCUUGGGAUCGAGUGGUGCAAGGCGCCGGAAGUCGGGUUGCUGGCUCCGGAUUCAGUGCUUUACCUUGACAUCUCACCUGAGAGAGCUGCUGAGAGAGGUGGAUAUGGAGAUGAGAGGUACGAAAGAGUUGAUUUUCAGAAGAAAGUUUCUGAGUUUUAUCAAACUCUACGUGAUUCUUCAUGGAAGAUAAUCGAUGCAGGUGAUAGUAUGGAGGAAGUAGAGAAGAAGAUUCAACAAGUGGUGUUGGAUAAAGUUAAAGAGUGUGCUCUAGGAAAGUCUCUUUCUCUCCUCUGGUCAUCUUAGAUGAUGAUUUUUAACCAAUCCACUCUUGUAGAAUGUUUGUGUCAUGGCGAAUUAUACCAAGUUUGUGAUUUUGAAAACUUACACGUA